AUGGAAAAGCCAACUUCGAUGAAGACCUUUCAUGGCAGCCUGGCUAUGAAAUCACGGACCAAUAGAGAUAUAGAUGCAUAUUUCUCUUCUUAUCUUACCAUAGAUGAUCCCAUCUUUGAGCUCAGUAUUUUCGAUGCCCACAAGAGCUUCUUCAACCAAGUGAACAACCAUCACAUUCAAAAAUUGACCAUUAGCAGCAACACAAGAUUUUCUCCUUUGGGUGAUGUUGUUGGUACAGACUACGCUGACCCCAGAAACUACACAGAUCGUUCAUUUGGUGGUGCUGUAACUGCAACAACAGCCUCUUCGGAAGCCAAUUGGAAUAAUAGCCACACUGGUUUGUUUCCUCUUCUUUCAGGAGCGAAACCAGUCUCUAUGAGCAAUCAAUCUCGCUCUACUGAGCUCAAAAAGAAAAUAAAAGCUUCAUUGUCGAAACCCAUACGGCUUUGCCGAAGGAAAUGUCCCUGCGCCGAUAAGAAAUCUGUUCAAGUUAAGGAGAUGAAACCAGCGACCAAAACCAAAGUACCAGCACUACCACCACCUCCUCCUCCAUUUCCAUCAAACAAUCCAAAUGGUAGAGGUUCUCUGAGUCACAAAAGGAAGGAUCUUGAAUCCAAUCCGAGGACCCCAAUAGAAAAGCCUGCCAUGUCGGAGACUGUAUCUAACAUGUCUGAGGCUCGUAGGACUCCAAUCUCACCCAACAACAUGGUCGACCAGGCACCUUCGAACCAGGAUGUACUGACCACCAAAUCUCAAAUGCUCCACACAGCUGAGAAUGAUGAUGAAGCUUCUACGAUUUUGCGGCCCCGGCAAGUCAUGGCCUGUGUUAAGCCUGUCACUGAUGGUUUCACCUUUCCCCUGCUAAACCCAAAAUCAGUAGAAGAAGAUCCACCUUGUAACUCUUUGGAAGUUUUUGGUCCCCCAUAUAUUGAACCCCGAAGUGUUUCACAGAGUCCCAAGUCAGGAAUCGUCGAUGACGACGCCGCAAGCGAUGCAAGUUCGGAUCUUUUCGAGAUUGUGAGCUUCCCCACUCAAGCCACAUCGACACAUUCAGGAACCAACUCCGAUGCGAAACCGUUAGAUACCAUUAUUAACAGUGGGUUUUUGUUUAAGAGUAAGGAAUCAACGACAAGAACCAUAACAGAGAAGCACGAGUCCAGGGAGGCUAGCAUCGAUUGGAGUAUGAGCUCUGGAGAAGGUUUUGAAUUUGACACAACUGGUGCUGUUAACUUGCCUGUUAAGGCAUCAGAAUUCGGCGACGCCGGCGAAGCUCAUGGGGAAACAGCGAAAACCCAUUACGUUGGCUCUCCGCUCGCAAUGUGUCAAACUGCUCCCAUUUCCCUUGCUUUUGCGACGUAG